GCACAAGCCAACGGAUUCAGUGAUGGCGGUGCAAUGUGGAGAAGCGCUUUCGAUUUGUCAGGAAAGAAUACACCGAAAGUGUUGGAUUUCAAUGAGCAAAUAGAAAAAAUAUACCAAAUGAUAGAGCCGCUUUACAAAAAUUUGCAUGCGUAUAUGAGGCGUCAAAUAGCUGGAAUUUAUGGAAAUCCCACCGGAUUGAGCAAAAAUGGACCGAUUCCAGCACAUCUGUUUGGUGGAAUUGAGAUAUCCGAUUACACUCGGCAGUCUAGAAACAAAAUCUCAAGUGAUGUUUGUGCCUCCGACUCCAUAAAAGAAGGUCAUGCAAACAGAGUUCUCUUACCUGGAAGUGCAAUGAUUAAAAGAAUUCGUAGAAAGAAAGAUUACUCUGUUUACGUAGGAACAGCUACUGCAAAAGGAGUCCUGUUGAUGCCUCCUUCAAAUGUAUUCUAG